UAAUAAGUACUCAAGCAACUCGCAAAAUACAAGUUAUACAUUAAAAUCAAUCAAUAAAUAAUAGCGUUAAGGUAAUAAAUAGAACGUUAAUAAAAUAGAUAUAUUAUAAAAUCUGUUCAAUUCAAUGUUUGUUUUUUUAAAAAAUCACUAUUAAAAAGUAAUAAACUUGUAAGUUAUCGUGUAACUUAAUCAAUUAUUUAAUGCUAGGUUUUGUAAUUUGAAGGAAAUAAUUUAACAAUUCACAGAAAAUCACCACACCCGCAGUGGUUUUAUAUUUAACAGAUAUUUUCUGACUUCCUUAUUCGUUUAUUAUCUGUUUGCUGCUCAUUGCAAGUGAUGAUAUAAGUAUCAACAUUUAUGACUGAUUUAAUUGUCAACUGAUACAUAGACUCCAAUUACUAUUGUUAUUGGAAAUGAAAACGCAUCCCAUACUUUUACCUUAUACAGAGAAAACAAUGUUUUCAACCGUUCUGUCGCUCAACCUACCAAACUCAUCAUGACGAGCAUUUGCUGUAGAUUUCCAGCUGAGGGCAGUGUUGAUCAUAUUAAAUAGAGCCGUUGACAACAUUAGUGCUGCAUCAUUCUGGCUAGUCAUACAGUUUUUUCCAUCUCAACACUAAAAGUUAAAAUUGAUAUAUUUUUUGUCAUACCAUAUUGUAAAUAUAUCUCUUUCUUUUGCCCCUUGCUCAUAGUGAUCUUGUAAAAUUCAUACAAUAUGUAUUUUUCUUUAUUCAGCGCUUUUACCACUGAUUUGACAAAAUCACUGCAAUAUGAAUAUGAUUAGAUACCAAAUGUAUCCUUCAUAUCGUUCAUACAUUUGGAUUGGAAGUAUUUCUUUCAAUAAACAAUUCAUCUUGUCUGGAGGGUAUAAAUUAUUUGUUUCACCCAGCUGUCACUUGAUACCAUGUGGCAGGCAAGACACAAGCAAGCACUCAUGGGAUGAGGUCUCUUCAAGCUGAUCGAGGCACACACAAUCGUUACUAAACUUUACUAGCCUUUUGACUCUUAUCCAGCAUGAAUCUUACAGAUGUCACUACAGAUCUGUGGAUUACAUGCCUAGGAAAUGAUUCUUUGCUGCAGCCGGUGUGGGAUAACCUGAGACUUAACUACAGAGACUACUUGAGAUCUCCGCUUUUUCCCGUCGUUCUUACCGUGUCUUCCUACUUUGUUCUGUGCCUUCCCUACCUUGUCUGUGACAUCAUUGGGGACAGAUGGGGAUGGGUCCAGCAGUUCAAGAUCCAACCGAGCCAUCGGCCCACAGCCUCUACUUUGUUGCACUGUGCAGGUGUCACUUUGUACAACCAUGUUUUUCUUGUGCUCCCAGCGUCUGUGGCCCAGUGGGCAUGGAGGCCACCUGUUGACCUUCCGGAGCAGGCUCCAUUUCUGAUGGAACUGAUUGCUGGAGUGAUAGGAAAUCUCCUACUUUUUGAUUUUCAGUACUUUAUCUGGCACGUGCUGCAUCACAAGAUCCGCUGGCUCUAUGUAUCUUUCCAUGCCAUACACCACAAAUAUUCCUGCCCCUUUGCACUUGCAACUCAGUGUCUUAGUGGCUGGGAGCUGGUCACAGUUGGGUUCUGGACCACCCUGAAUCCUGUAAUUCUUCAAUCCCAUCUCCUGACCACCUGGGCCUUCAUGGUGUUUCAUGUCUACGUUUCCAUUGAGGAUCACUGCGGCUAUGAUUUUCCUUGGUCAACAUCUCGUCUCAUUCCAUUUGGCAUUUAUGGAGGACCAAGCGAUCAUGACAUGCAUCACCAGAAACCUAACACCAACUUUGCGCCACACUUCAACCACUGGGACAAAAUAUUUGGCACUUAUGCAGAUGUUUGCAUGCCUAAAAUUAAUAAAUAGAUGUUAGUUUACAGUACAUGCAGACAAUUUGUUGUUGUUUGUGUGUUGUAAUUUAAAGUACCUAAAACUAUUGUGUGGAAGUUUGUAUAAUAACAACCAAUACAUUUCAAUUUCAUAUAACGUCAGACUCUGUCCAUUACAUUGUAUCACUGUAAUGUAAAACAACAUUAAAAAACUAAUACAUAAAAACAACUGUGUCCAGACUUAUUCCAUGAAAAGUGAUCCUCACCUUUAAGCUGGACUGUAAUUACAUUCUUCCUCAUGUAAGUAAUCCCUCCUUUUUCCACUACCUUAUCUAGUCAUGUGACAAUCAGUAUAAACUUACUUCAUAGUAUCUUUUCUUAAGGUUCCUAAAAAAACACACAUGUAUUUUAUAGAUGAUUCAACAACCAAUUCAUAAAUUGCCAGAGCUUUCUGGUUGAAAAAAGAAAAGGAAUAUUUUGCAUAUA